CUCCCUUCAACUAUAAUUCGUCUACAACUUUAAGUACCUCACUUCUUAUUGACUCCCAAAGUAACAAUUAUUACCAACCACCCUCUAUUGUUAUGAGUACUGCUUCCACUCCAAUUAAUGUUAGUGCUCUGGAGUUGAAUUGGAAUUCGCAGAAUGCUACUUCCUCACAAUACUAUGUCUACAUGCACUUUGCUGAAGUUGUAAACCUCAAAGCUAAUCAGUCCAGAUCAUUCAACGUUACAGCAAAUGGGAAGUUCUUUUAGGGACCUAUUGUUCCUCAAUACUUGUACACAUCCACAGUGUACAGCACAUCCAUCUUGGCGAUUGCCCAAAAUUAUGAUCUUUUAAUCUCCAAAACAAAAAGUUCAACACUGCCACCUAUCCUCAAUGCACUCGAGAUAUAUUCAAUUAGAGAUCUCUCAAAACCAGGAACAAACCAACAAGAUGUUGAUGCCAUCACAAAAAUCAAGUUAGCAUACGGAAUACAAAGAAAUUGGGAAGGAGAUCCGUGUCUCCCACAAGCAUACUCAUGGGCAGGUUUAAAUUGCAGCUACGAUAUUAUUAACCCACCUAGAAUAACAUCCUUGUAAGUUUAUUCAUUCAUAUAAGCCUUAUGACUUGGAAACUUAUUUUUGAAGUAUCUCUUACUUCGAAAUGUAAAUUGAACCAAGAACUUGUCCUCUAGUGGAUUGACUGGAGUGGUAUCUGUUUAUAUAUCAAAUCUCAUAAUGUUACAAUAUUUGGAUAUAUCAAACAAUAAUCUUACUGGAUCAGUACCUGAUUUCCUUUCGCAAUUGCAAUACUUGAGGGUCCUAAACUUAGAAAAAAAUCAACUCACUGGUACUAUUCCAGCUGACCUCAUUGAAAGAUCGAAGAAUGGUUCGCUAUUACUAAGUGUGGAUGAAAAUUUAAAUGUUUGUGGACUUGGAUCAUGCAAAAAGAAGAACAAUAUUGCUGUUCCGAUAGGGGCAUCGGUUGGUGUAUUGCUCAUCCUCUCAUUGAUUGUUGUGGCUGUCUUGUGGGGACUUAAGAGAAGAAAGAAAGACAAGAAUAAUAGUUAGAAUUGAAA